CGUACAGGUACAGUAUUUGUUGUUCUCCAUACACCGUCGCGAUUCGUCCUCAGUUACUACCGUACAGUCGUCCACAGUAAGACUGUUCUCUUCUACCACCUCCUUGUACGCCUUGCAUGCCUUUUGCUGCAGAUCAUGCCACCUUCAAAGGCCACAGAGAUCCCCGAGGAGCUCUUCGAGCACAUACUCUGGCAUGCAGGCGACUGCGGUGGAGAAUUUCCCCUCCAGUGGGUCGCAAAGGCACAUGUCUCCGCUUGCGCUUCUGUCUGUCGAUGUUGGGCCCGUCAAGCUCGCCGCGAGCUCUUUUGCUACGUCACCCUACGCACCUUAAACGAUGUCAACCACUUUCGCAACAUGCUAAGCGCACCAGCCCUUCCUGGCCUCGAGCCGAUUGCCGAGAUCGUGGUGACACUCAACGCCGCACCUGACAACAGAGAUGUUCCGUGGCUUCAUUUAGUUUUUCUAUUCAUAUUACCCACGCUCGGAAAUGACAUCGUCUUGAUUGUGAACACACUCCCCUCAGAAAAGCGUCCUUGGCGCACACUUCAUCCGUCACUACCGCGCUCACUACCAGGCUCGACAAUGCCGCUCCACGAACUCAACAUAAUGGGCGUGCACUUUCCUAGUGGACGCGCGCUCGCUCGUCUUCUUUCAUCAUUACCGCACCUCGCCCUUCUCAACGCCGCCAACGUCACAUUUGACACACAGCUCAGCUCCGAAAACCUCUUCACUCCGCCAUUCGGCCUGGAGCUGUGUUCCAUCAUGUCGAACGACCAUGCGCUAUGUCUCGCAUUUUUGCCGCGAUUGCUCGCAAACCUCGCCCUCAGCGGACCCCCGGCUCGUAUAUGCGCAGGCCGUAUUGCGAAGUACGUCCUGGAGGACGAGGACUCCGCGCACAUACGCGAACUUUUUGAGCUGCUGGACACUGCAUCCAACAUCGAGGUGGAGCAUAGAUACGGUGUGCCGUUUGCGGGCGCACCGGCCAUGAAUAUCCUCGUUCUUCGUGCUUACGGGAAAGAAUCUGUCGAAGAAUACACACGACGCGUGGCUCCUGACAUCAUGAUGUAUUUUAAGUCGAGUUUGGAAUCGCGCGCCCUGUCGCUCGUGGAUACUGCCGGGGUACUAGUACUCUCAACGCCACUACAUGUGCACGGAUUGCAUGUCGACCUCACGGUGAGCACUGCGGACAGUGCGCAUGACUUCUGUACGGAGUCGCUUUGGACACGUUUCUCGGAGAUCGCACUCAAGUUUGCGCGCAUUCAACAUGUCGAGGUCCUGCGCAGCUGGAACAUGUACGGCAACGAUACGUCCGAGACUCUCGGUAUUACCGAUGCGGCGUUCAAGUCACUCAUCGAGGCGAGGAAGUUCAGGUGUCGAUACCUUGACCAUGGGGGGCAGACGGUGCGACUGGAGGCAAAGAUAGCUGUGCCAAAGAAUGCAUCUAACAAUGGCAUUGGAGCGGUGUAGUUGGGCUUACUCUUUCAGCCGCGUGUUGUGCACGCGUGCACGAUAAUUAACUCCUGUUGUUCGUACUUGUGCGUGGCGCGCGAAGG